AUGGCAUCUUCCGCGAAGCCGAAGCAGGUGCCUGGGCUCUCCUUGGAGCAUCAGUCCCUGGAAGCCUCAGAAACGACAAGUUCCAGGCGAAAUGUUCAGCCAGUGAUCAUCAGCCGGCUUCCCCCACCGUUUCCGUCACGGGCGCCAACGCGGCCGCCUUCCCACCGCAGCUUCCGCGGCUCAGCACGACAAUCGCAGCAGACCUCGAACGGAAGUUGGCACAAGGCCACGACGGGUUCGACAUUCUCAUCGCAACCUCCAAAGACUCGAGGUGCAUGGACAACUUCGUCAUCCCCGUCUGGUAGGACCAAGGCCGACGAAGCCUUCAGAAAAGUGGAAAAGUCCAGGUCAACCGGCAACAUGCCGCUAGACUCCGGAGCCAAGGACGGCCGUCAAGAGCUCAUGAUCGCCAUGCGAGCCCUCUUCGAGGCUUACGACAAAGAUCGUAGCGGCUCCGUCAACCUGGACGACUUUGUGGAGACGCAGGCGGAAGUGCUCUCCGGAAACGAAGGUGUUCUGCAUUUGCCUCUCCAAGACCUGGUGGCGCAGUACCUCGAGGUACGGCGCCCUGGCCAAGUUGGUUUGGAUGGUGCCGGCCUGGACUUCGAGGGCUUCGUAAUGUGGCAGCUCCAUUGGCAGCUGCCGUUGUGGGUCAACGGCACUGAAAAAGAGGUUGCCGAGCACUGCAUGAGAAUGAAGGAGCAUCUGACACUGACGAGGCCCAACGCAUCAGUGCGGUCAUCAGCGCUGCCUCGAAUGCCUUUCACGAGCAGGUCGCGGCUUAGCUCCGCUCGGCGAUGGCCACCGGGCAAGGUUCAGGCUUAUGCGGCUGAUCUUCGGGAGACCAGCCGUCCAAAAUCUGCGCGUGUACGACGCUACGGUGGAUAUGCCACGGCCACCAAAGGCUUCUGCGAGCCACCAGAGGAGGUGUUCCAUGACAUUUCAGCCUUUGAGAGCGUGCAGAAUCUGAAGGAGGAGGAGUCGUACGAUGUGGGCCGAUCCCCGAGCAGGCUAGCGGAAAUCGCUGUCGCAGAGGAGGAAUCCCUCCAUCGAUCAGACCGUGACCCCUGCGGCGCAACGCCUAAAGAGCAUGCGUUCGACAACUGA